CAUCGGCGAAUUUGCAUGGAGGCGAAGGACACUGAACUCGACAGUCAAAAGCAGGAAACGGUUCAAGAUCCGAACCUUCGCAGGGUUCCCACACCACGACAAUCCCUCCAAGAAGCGUACAAAACUACUGUACCCUUCACGUUGCUUUUCUCGCUCGCCACCAUCAACUACAGUUACAGAGUGAUCGGCAUCGUCGCUCUCUUCUCUGAACUUGGUUCUCUAAGAUCUGCAUUUCUUGUUUUUCGCUUUCGUCGGCGGUGUGCCGAAAUGGGGAGGAUGGAUUAUCUGGCGAUGAGGACCGAUCCGGCCAUGGACGACCUGCUCAGCUCCGACAUCAACGAGCUCAAGGUUGCUGCUAAGAGGCUCUUCGAUCAUGCCACCCGGCUCGGUGGUCUCCGCUCCGGCACCGCUUUUCUCAAGUGGACUGCCUCCAUCGCCGCCAUAUACCUGUUGAUAUUGGAUCGCACGAACUGGAGGACCAACAUGCUGACCUCGCUCUUGGUCCCUUACGUGUUCUUCAGCCUGCCUUCGUCCUUGUUUCACAUGCUGAGGGAAGAUUUCGGCAAAUGGGUUGCUUUCACUGCAGUGGUGCUGAAGCUCUUCUUCCCCCGCCAUUUCCCAGAAUGGUUGGAGAUGCCAGGCUCAUUGAUCCUGCUCAUAGUGGUGGCGCCCCACUUUUUCGCGCACACGCUGAGAGACCGCUGGACCGGAGUCCUGAUAUGCCUUCUCAUCGGGUGCUACCUGCUGCAAGAGCACAUCCGCGCGUCGGGCGGGUUCAGGAACUCCCUCACGCAGUCGCACGGGAUAUCCAACACGCUCGGGAUCGUGCUCCUGAUCGUGUUCCCGGUCUGGGCGAUCAUGAUUCACUUCUUCUAAUGAUCAUCCAUCCUUAGUAAUCCCUCUCUAUGUCCCCGAUUUGCACUUUUGGCUUUGAUUAUAAUGUCUGUAACUACGUGAACUGUGUGAUCUUGAUCCCAAAAGUUGAAAGACUCGUUUUAAACAAGGUUCUCGGUUUA